AUGGGGGGGGGGGACGGCCAGGGCCGUGCCCUUCCGGUGACACCUAGGCUGCCCACCAGUUGCCAAGCGUUCUCGUUGGUGGAGGUCGAGCAAGCCGAACACUUAGCAGCUGUUGAACCACAGCCAAUGGCGCGGAAAUCUAGUUGCCGCAGUUUGGUCCUUGCUCUCCUGGUCAGCUAUCUGCUGAUUACUGGCUGGAAUGAGUUAGGCAUAACAGCACAGCCCGUUAUAAUGGACGGGGAACAUUCACUGCAACCGGUUUUAUGACCCAGUCAAGAUUUCUCCACACCGC